CUCAGAACGUCACCCGUAAAGGGGAGAUGCGGAUCGAGCCCUCAGCCAAUGAGGCCACUAUACUACGAGUGGUGUCUGCGAAGGUGACUGGGACUGAACAGAUGGUGACAGAGAGAGAGAAGCAGCGACGAAUGUAGAUGACAUACGAUUAUUCUCAAGCAGUCAUAGAAGAGGUUCCUUACAACAGGCACAGCAGAGCGCAUGCGAGCAUAUUUGAGUUAGCAGCAUUUAAGGUUAGAGAAAGUUACUUAUUCAAAUUCGGGAUAAACUCAAGUCCAUUUAUUUCAAAGGAGUAUACUAUAAGGGUGUAAUAGCAGGACCGAAGAAGCGUGUACGGAAAGCGAGCAAGUAAGGAGACGAAGCGUCUGGACAGUGUAAAGUCAAAGGAGGAUAGGUAGGCAACAUAGCUACCAGCCGAUAGCCUGAUCUAGUUCUGAACGGUUUUGUUACAAGACUAAGACUGGAUAUUGGCGGGAGAAGAGCCAACGGGAAUUAAUGAUCACAGUGCAAAAUAUGUUAAGCAACCUUUGAGCGUCAACGUUGGAAGUUACCUAAUGGCGCAUUUGGGGAGCAAAGAGCACAGAUGAGACGCAUCAAAUUGGUUCAAAAUUCAGCUCCAGCUCUGAAAGCUGAGUUCACGUUCAAACAACAUUGGAUUAAGAAUCGUAUAUCGCAAAGUCUUACAUAUUGAUUUCGGAUUUAUAGUGAUUAUAUUUAGGCUAUGGAUCAGAGGCGAGGGUUCUGAAAACGUGUCCAACACGCCGAGCGGCUUCGAAAUAUCUGCUGUUGCUUUCCACACCGACCACAGCAUCGCAACACCAGCAAACACCGACGAAACCAACAGCUGUUGUCCCAACUUGGAAAAGACAUGCAAAAGAUGCACAGGAAGGUUAACCUGCUGUGGGUAGUCUUCUUGACGAUGACUCAGGUGUCAAUCAAGAGCUUCCCCACCAACAGUCACAAAAGUGCAGUCCCUCAGGACAGGAGCACUGCGACCACGGAGGCUAGCCCAGGUGGCGAUGUGGGUGAGACUCUGGAGGACCUCCAGCAGCAGAACCAGCUCCAGAGCUUGGCAUCAUCCAACCCAUCCUCUCAGAGACCCCGACGCCGUGGCUGGUCCCAGGGGGUUCUGCCCAAACCAGAACCAGAGGAGGACCCAGAACCCUUCAUCCUGGACCUCAGGAACUUCCCUGAGCUGGCCAACGCAGACCUGGGAUCUCACAACCCUAAUAUACAGGUGACCAUCGAGGUGGUGGAGGACCCACAGACAGAGAUGGAGAUGGACCUGGCCAAGGAGGGGGGGGAGGGGGGCCGCAACGACUGGUCCCUGUCAUCGGAGGAGUGGCUGGGCCACAAGAAGCUGUUCUGGCCUCUGUUCUGGGAGUACCCAGACCAGGCUGAGAGCGGGCCUGGCAGCAGGGCCAGCCUAGAGGAACAGGAGCAGCCCACAGGGGACUAUAACUACAACCCUGAGGAGCAGGAACCUGUGCUUAGUGGGACCGGGGGUGGCUGGGGCAGCCGCUGGAGCAGCAACAAGGGAUGGGACUCCAAGGAGAACUACGAGUACGAAGAUGAGGAGUGGAGCGCCUGGUCACCAUGCAGUGUCACCUGUGGCCAUGGCAACCAGAAACGUAUCCGUUCAUGUGGUUACGCGUGCACGGCGACCGAGUCCCGGACCUGUGACCUGGACAGAUGCCCAGAUGACCUGUUAGCAGUGACUGAGCUGAUACCUCUGGAGACAACAAAUGGCACUGACUCCCUUGACACAAACGUGGACAGCUGUGAGAAGUGGCUGAGCUGUAAGAACGACUUUCUCCAGAAGUACCUCCACCAGGUGCUGACCGAACUACCCAGCUGCCCCUGCUCCUACCCGUCCGAGGCCGUCUACAGCGCCGUCAACAUCUUCGACAAGACUCUGCGUAAGACCUACCGCUGGCGUGACGCCUCCGGCCCCAAAGAACGGCUGGACAUCUACAAGCCCUCCGCCCGCUUCUGCACACGCUCCAUGCUCUCCUUCGACAGCACCACGCUGGCCGCGCAGCACUGUUGCUACGGUGACCACAUGAAGCUGAUCACACGGGGGAAAGGGGCGGGCGCGCCAAACCUCAUUAGUACGGAGUUCUCACCGGAGCUGCAUUACAAAGUGGACGUGCUGCCCUGGAUCCUGUGUAAAGGGGACUGGAGCCGCUUCCACUCUGUGAGGCCGCCCAACAACGGGCUGCAGUGUGCCCACAACCCCACAGAGGACGUGUACCAGGCUGAGCUAGAGGAGGCCCGUGAGUACUGAGGAAGGAGAGGGGGAGGAGUACUGAGAUCCUGAGUGGGGAGAGUCAUACGUGGUUCAAAUGGCUCUAUUGGAUUUGGGCAUGGGCCACAUACUGAAUAUAUUGUGUUAACUAUCAGUUGCUUUGGAUGAAAGGAGACCUGGACAUCCCCUCCCCCUUAUUCAAUGUUUGGUCACAUUGUGGUACAGAGUUUAGUGAACACCUACAUUUUUCUAGUCAGGCUUGACCCAUCCAAAACUGAGUCAAGUUGAAUAAUCUUUUUUCAAUUUUUUUAUUUAUUUUUAAGUUGAAUAUUUUAUCUGGUGUGCGUGGGAAAACUCUAUGAUCUUAAUGGCGCGUUGUUAUGACAUCAUCACCAUCAAGCGUUUCCUCAUUGGAUGACUCAUCAGAAUCCACCUGCCAAUUGGAAUAUGCUUUCCUGUGGAUGACUUACUGUGGUGUUACGGGAAGAGAAAAAACAACUAUUUUCUAACUGGUAAUUUAUUGCUUGUGAAAGUCCGAAUUUUGGAGAGCGUUUUUCUUUUGGGGCUACACUCAAAAAACAAGAAGAAAAAAACACUGGUUUGUAAACGUUGGGAAAUUUUAAAGAGGGAGAGACUGCAAUGAGAUUGUCCUAGUUCUCUCUGACACCCCUCAACCCACCACCCCAUAGACUCACAUGUGCUGCUGCUAUUGAGAAAAUGGAUGGGGGG